CUCAAUCUCAACAUGUGAAUUUAAUUUUAAUCAAUUUAAUUGAUUGGAUUUUUCCUAAUGAUUUGUUGAUUGUUUCAUUUAAAAUUUGAUAUUUAUUACGUUUGGAGUUUUGGAGUAAUUCAGAGUUUUUGGCUUUCAAUUUUUUCUCGAGCAAACAUUUUCUUUUCGAGUUUUGCUUUUUGGCUUUUAUUUUGAAAAUGGAGAUUCCUGUUGCUUUGAAGAAUCGGUUGAAUACUUUUAAAACAAAAAUGUCUUCUCUUAAAAGUGAUUGUCAAAAUUUAUUAUCUAAAUAUGAUUCUAUUCGUGAAACUAUUGAAGGAAACGCUUUGGAAGAGGCUGCUCUUGAUUUAACGACGACUUUUACAAUCAACUCAUUAUUCUGGCUUUAUUUAACGUGUAAAGGAGUGGACCCGAAAAAUCAUGAUCUUAGGCUGGAAAUCAAUCGUAUCAAACAAGCCAACUUGAGAUUGAAAAAAUUACAAGACUCAUCUAAAGCUCCUAAACUUAACAUUCCAGUAGCUAAAAGAUUCAUUAAAAGUGCCUUAUUUGAUCCAGAAGCUGGAAAAACAGUUGAUACGACAGAUGAUAUUGAACAAGAUGAUGAAAAUGGUGAAAGACAAAUAAAACGUUUGCGAAGUGAUCCUGACGAAGAAACAAAAGACAUCGAGAUGAAGCCAGAUACUGAAUUGAAGGAAAGCGAUGAAACUAAAGAUGAAACUGAAAAGAUAGAGGAAGAAGAGGACGAAGAUGACGGAGAAGUGGAAAUAGUUGGUACAAAGAUAAACUCAGAUAAUACAAAUAAAUCGGACCGAUUUUCAGGAGAAUCAAGAAAGAGAAAAAACGAAGGACCAAGCAAAGGAUCGUCCAAGAAGCGAAUGUUCCGAAAACAGUUACGAAAGAAGUUCAUGCGAAAAUCUAAUAGAAAAAUGAAAUAAUCAUUUUCCACAAAUUUUCAUCAAUAGAAAAUCACUAAAUCAUAAUUUAUAUUAAUGUAAAGUGUUUAUUAAAGAACCAAUUAAAAGGAGUUCAAAUCAA